AUGAUCACCCUGCGGAGCACGGACGGGGAGGAGCGUUCCAUGUCGGCGGCGGCGGAGAAGCUGUCAGUAGUCCUCAGCAACAUGAUCGAGGACGACUGCGCGUACAACGUCGUCAUCCCGCUCGAACGCUCCGCCACCGUCACGAGGACUCUGGACACGGUGAUCCAGUACUGCGUCAAGCACGCCGACGAGCCCGUCCACGACUCCAACCCCAGCACCGCGGGCGGCAGCAGCAGCGUCGUCGUCACAGCGGUGCCCGAGGACCUGGAGGAGUGGGAUCGCAAGUUCGUCGAGGGCCUCAGCGCGGACGACCUGUACGACCUCCUCCUCGCCGCCAACCACCUCAGCAUCCAGGGGCUCAUCGACGUCGUCUGCCAGAGGGCCACCGACAUGAUCAAGGGCAAGACCACCCAGCAGAUCCGCGACACCUUCAACCUCCCCAACGACCUCAUCCGGCGGACGAGGCGAAGUUGCGCCAGCAGCACGCCUGGGUCAUCGACUAGUAGGAUUCUUCGAACCCACUUUGUGCUCUGCUCUAGCAUCUCACUAGAUCUGCCGGCCUAG